AUGCCCACCACCCGGAGAUCAGCAGGAGGAGCCCGAGCCAGACCCGGCCCGACUCGGGGCCAGUCGACCAUCAGCUUCUCUCAUAGAGUCUCCAAGCCCGUACCCAAGGAACAGAAGAAGGCUGCCCUCACCUCUGCCGUUGAGAGAGCGGAAAUUGGCAAGCCAGCCAAGGAUGAAGAAGAAGCGAACGAAAUCCAACUCGACGAGCCCGCAUCCCCAGAGAUUGAGGAGCCGGACGUGAAGGAGGAAGUCCCCGAGAAGUCGGAGUCUGUGACCAGGGCCGAGAAGAUCAGCGACGCCCAGAUCAACAAGUACUGGAAGUCGGUUGAAGCUCAGCGAAUUGCGCCUAGGGUUCAUCAGAAGGACCCCUGCAUUGGUCUGCAGCGCAUGAAGCGUUGGCAGCGGGCCGAGAGACUGGGUCUCAACCCGCCCAUCGAGGUCCUUGCGGUGCUGCUCAGGGAGCAGAAGAAGGGAGCUUCUCUUGAGCGGGCACACAUGGACGAGCUCAUGAACUCGACGGCAGUUGGGACCGCCUAA